CAAGUGAAAAUAAGAGCGAUGCGAACUAAAAGCGGUGAAGAAGGAGCCGUUAUUUGGAGACGUUCAGCGUUAAAGUCCGCGGGUUUGUUCAUAAAUGACAGUGAGAAUCGUGUCUAAUGUAGGCACCGUUGAAGUGGGUCAGCAGUAUGCUUCUUUUACGCGGAUAAUAGCAUUACCGGGACACUUUGACAUUGAUGUAAUAAUAACCGAACUGAACCUGCUUCGCGUUUAAUGUUAGCCGGCAGUUUUGUGCUGGAAAUAAACGAGCCAAUGAUGUCAGGAAAGCAUUACAAGGGUCAAGAAGUCAGCUGCUGCAUCAAGUACUUCAUAUUUGGAUUCAACAUUAUAUUUUGGUUGCUUGGUGUGGCUUUCCUCGGAAUCGGAUUGUGGGCAUGGAGUGAGAAGGGAGUUCUCUCCAAUAUCUCCUCCAUCACGGAUCUGGGUGGAUUUGACCCAGUGUGGUUGUUUUUGGUGGUUGGAGGGGUGAUGUUUAUCCUGGGUUUUGCUGGCUGUAUCGGAGCCUUGAGGGAAAACACCUUCCUGCUUAAAUUUUUUUCUGUGUUUCUGGGGAUAAUCUUCUUCCUGGAGCUCACCGCCGGUAUCCUGGCCUUCGUCUUUAAAGACUGGAUUAAAGACCAGCUCAACUUUUUCAUCAACAACAACAUCCGAGCCUACAGAGACGACAUCGAUUUGCAGAACCUCAUCGACUUCACUCAGGAAUAUUGGGAAUGUUGUGGGGCGUUUGGAGCAGACGACUGGAACCUCAACAUAUACUUCAACUGCACAGACAGCAACCCUAGCCGAGAGAAAUGUGGCGUCCCCUUCUCCUGCUGCACCAAAGACCCCGCGGAGGAUGUCAUCAACACACAGUGUGGAUAUGAUGUGCGCGCAAAACCGGAUGCAGAACAGAAGACUUACAUCCAUGUGAAAGGUUGUGUGCCGCAGUUUGAGAAGUGGCUGCAGGACAACCUGACGGUGGUGGCCGGGAUAUUUAUAGGAAUAGCUCUGCUGCAGAUCUUUGGAAUAUGCCUUGCACAGAAUUUAGUUAGUGAUAUUGAGGCCGUGAGAGCCAGCUGGGUGCCUCCCCUCUCGUACGUCGUCCGCCGCCCCCCGUCCCACUCCAGCAAGAAAGCCUGAGAGCGCUGUCCUGAGGUUUGUUCACAUGAAGUGGCAGCUAUUCCGUCAGACACUCGCAGGCCGACGGCAGCAUGAGGACGGUAGCGGAUGAUGAACACAAGAUGCCAAGAGCAGUGAUCGUGUGUGUGUGUGUGUGUGUGUGUGUGUUUUACAUCUGUACAUAGAGCUCUUUUUCUAGGGUGUUUUAUGUGUCAAACAGCCUGUGUCAUAAAUGUGAGAAAAGCUUUGUGUGUCCACAGAGGCUACACUGACAGAAGAUCCUCCAUCAUCUGCUGCGCUGAAAACAAAAAGCAUCGCUCAAAACGUUUCCAGUCACUUUCAAAAAUUAUAUAUACAUAAAAACUAAUAAAUUAACUCAUAAUUGAAAUUGCACUUGGAAAUUUACAUCCCUUCUGCUGCCUUAAGCUUUUUUUUUCUUUUUAUUUUAAAGUAAAAGUCCUUUUAGUGCAAUUACAAACCUUUUAUUAAAAACCCUUCCUAAACCAGAGCAUAUUCCUCCAUAACCUAACCAUAUUUUGUUGGUGUAUUGAUUAGCAUUGUAGUUUUGCUACAAAUAUCAUUAUUAAACUAUAGUUUGUGUAGCAAAACCAUGGUUAAUUUGUGAUUCACGUUACCACAGUUCUGGCCUACGAAGAUAUAAACAUCCAAAGCUUGCAGUUUGUCACUUCCUCCUAAAUGGACCGACGGUUUUAUUCACGUCACCAUUUACUUCAGUUUCUCAUCAAAUCUCCUGACCAAUCAAAUGCUCUCUAGUGCCUGACAUGCCCCGCCCCCUUCAAGAUGCUUCUCAUUUGAUGCGCUCGAGCUCAACCAAAACAAAACGCUAUUGGCUGUUUUUAAAAGGGGGAGGGGCUACUCUAUGCACCGCCUUCUCUUUACGGCAAAAAUCACGUCAACCAUCGAAUUAAAAUGCACAUUUCAAAGCACUUCACAGGACCUUUAACACCUUUAGAUAUUUGAUCAUGUUUACUUCGCUCUAAAUUGUAGUAACGCAGUAGAGAGGAUUAAUUCAUUGUUUAAAUUUCGUAAAAUAAUUGACAGACUUUGAGAAAUGAUGCCAUGUUUCAUAUUAAAAUAACAAAGUAUAAACAGUAUAUUCUUCAUGGUUUUGAUUGUUGAAACGAUUGAAUUUUUUUCUUUCUUAGCUGAAAAACAAACGUUCAACGCGAUUCAUUUCUUUGUCUGCGUGGUUCAAGUGACCCAAUUCAGAUUAUUUUCUCUCAUGUGGUACAGAUAGCAUAUGGCUCAUGUACAUGCAAGCAGGACAAAAAAAAAAUCACAUGGAUUACUAUUUAGUCAAGUCAGAUUCAGGCCUUGUUCAUAUCAUGUGGAAAUGUAUCUGAUAUGAAUCAGAUCUGCGUUCUCGUGUCUGAAGUGUAAGCAGGUAGAUCGGAUUUUCACCUAUCAAUGCGAGUUGCGUAUCAUUAAAAACCAUAGCUUUCUUUUCACAACAGACUUCAGCAGAGUCCCAAGCCUUAAAUCUCAUAUACUAGAACAAAAAAGCUUUUAUAUUGUCAUGUUGCACAAGUAUUUAAAGGUGCAGUAUGUAAGUUUGACACCCAGUGGUUAAACCAGGUAUUGCACUCCUGGAUCAAAACAAACACAACCGCAUGUUGCCAGAUUGAGGACAGGAGCGAGGGAUUUAAACAUUGUUCUAAGUAAAAGUAGUGGCACCCGAUAGAAGGAAUAUUCUCUAUAUUAAAUGGAGUUUUUGUUCUAACCAACACCUCGAAUUGAUAUUUUAGAAAUGGCUUCUAUAUCUCACAGGUGAACAACAGAAAACUAUGAUCACCUCAGGUAAACCUCAUGUGCUUUAUUCAGCACAUUUAUUAAAUAGAUUAUAAACCUUACCAUUACAAGAGUGAGUGCAUAUUCUGUGCUUCUGAAUGGCUGUGUUUAAAUUUCUGUCGUGUUUCGUCUGGUGCAAACAGCCAAAUUGCUCAUCACUGCGUAUCUCGUCACGAAGCGUGUUGUUAGGCCACUGGGUUACAAUCUAACCUGUUUACCUAAUGUUUACACUCUUAAUAUUUAUAUCAUUUGCUAAUUAACAACCUCAUGUGGAACUCUGAAUCUGCGUCUCAUUUCAGAGUCUGCUACUGUCCACCGGAGGUCACAUUUCAGUCACAGGCGCAUGCUUUGAGAGCCUUUAUGAAUGAAUGAAUGAAAUAUGCUGUUUUCCACCAAGGCAACCCGGGGUGCUGAAAUAUAAUUGGCUAAACUGGCACUUGGCAGGUUAAAAUAACCAAAACAAAGACAGCGCUCCACCACGGAAAACACAUUUACAAAGCAGAAUAUCUGACUGCAGCAUUGUUUUCAGAUAAACAAGAAUGUUCACUUGGCAUGUUUCUUAAAUGUCUGCAAAUAUAUUUAGGUAUUUUUAGGCUUUAGAAGAGUCAGAAACUUACAUACAGCACCUUUAAGCAUGUUAACGAGAGCGCAACAUCCGCCCCAUUAGCAAUAUAAACUAAUAUAAAACUGUUGCAUACAUCAUGUGCAUAAUUCACACCAUGAACUUUACAUUAAGAUGCCUACUGGUUUUAAAAAGCCUAGAUUAAAAGAAGAUGGUCAAAUGAGGACUUUUCUGCCAUAAACUAUAUUAAAAUGACUGGUCAAAUAGAAUAAAAAAUUAACCCUGUGAACAGAUUAAAUACAGGAAUGGAGAAAAUUUUUAUUAUCAGCUGUUAGUCAGCGCCCGCUCUUUUUUUUCCUGGUCAUUGCGUCUUGUCAUUGUGUACAGUGUAAAUGCAGACAAUCGGAUAUGAGUCACAUUUAAAAGAUAAGGCAGGAAAAAAAAUUAGAUUAAGUCACAAAAUCAGAAUUGACCAUCAAGAACUCCAAUGUAAAAGCAGCCAAUGAGAAUCGAUUAAAAUGAAUAAAUCAAUACUAUAUGUGAUGGUGGAUUAUCUGCAGUUUGGUCUCUGUCUGGCAAUCUGUGCGUCUUGCGUUUCUCUCAUGUGUUUGGUUUGUAUUGAUUUGAUCCUGUCAACACUGACUCAUUUAUGCACUCAAGUUUGGUCGCAUUUCACAUCUAUAGAAUCAAUUAGCCAUCUUGCAGUUUACGUUCACUAAAGCAGUCAGGAAGGUUUCAUUGUAUUUUACUUUUUGUAAAAUGUUGCACUAACAGAUUAGCUCCCACAUGAAAAGAUACUAUAGUAAUUCAUAGUACAUACCACAGUGUUUUUGACUAUAUUGUACUAUUACUGUACACUUCUGACAAAAGUCUUGUCGCCUAUCCAAGUUUUAGGAACAACAAAUAAUAAUUUGACUUCCAGUUGAUCAUUUGGUAUCAGAAGUGGCUUAUCUGAAAAGCAAAGGCCUCUAGA